AUGGUACGGACCGUGAAGAACAUAUGCUGCGUGGGGGCGGGAUAUGUGGGAGGGCCAACGUGCGCGGUCGUUGCCUCGAAGAAUGAGGACGUCGAUGUGACGGUCGUCGACCUCAGUCAACCCCGAAUCGAUGCCUGGAAUUCGUCGCAGCUCCCAAUCUACGAGCCUGGCCUACAAGAGAUUGUCGAGUUCGCGCGCGACGGCUCCGACCAGCGUCGAUCCAACCUCCAUUUCUCGACCGACGUCAGAGGCGCAAUACAGAAAGCAGAUUUGAUAUUCAUCUCGGUCAACACACCUACGAAGACUGUGGGUGUAGGCGCAGGACGGGCAGCGGAUAUCAAAUAUGUCGAGGCAGCAGCUCGCGAGAUCGCAGAAGUCGCAACCAGCGACAAGAUCAUUGUUGAGAAGUCGACAGUCCCGUGCGGCACGUCAGAAAUACUACGAGACAUCUUCGAGGCGGUCGGCGAACCCCACGUCCGUUUUGACGUACUAUCAAACCCAGAGUUCCUGGCAGAAGGCACCGCGAUAGCGGAUCUGCUGUCUCCAGACCGAAUCUUGAUCGGGUCAGAAGGCACGCCGGAGGGUCUCGAAGCUGCGAAUGCUUUAGCCGACGUGUACGCCGCUUGGGUCCCGCGAGAGCGCAUCCGAGCCGAUGUGAACAUCUGGUCGUCUGAGCUGGCCAAAUUGGCAGCCAACUGCAUGCUCGCUCAACGAAUCAGCAGCAUCAACUCGCUCAGUGCCAUCUGCGAAGCUACCGGUGCGAACAUCAAGGAGAUUUCGCAUUCCGUGGGAUUGGACAAGCGGAUAGGUCCAAACUUCCUGAAAGCUUCGAUUGGAUUUGGCGGCUCCUGCUUCAAGAAGGACGUUCUGAACCUCGUCUACAUGGCCGAGACUCUUCACCUGCCAGAGGUUGCAUCGUACUGGAAAGCGGUGGUCGACAUCAACGAGUGGCAGAAAGAUCGGUUCGCCAAGCACAUUAUCCGCGCUCUGAACAGCACCGUCGAAGGCAAGCGAAUCGCAAUACUGGGACUGGCUUACAAGAAGAACACCGGCGACACCCGCGAGAGCCCAGCGAUAGCUUUCAUCGGUCAGAUGCUAUCGGAGAGAGCACAGCUGGCAAUCUACGACCCGAAAGUCAGCUACGAUCGGAUUCUCAGGGAGCUCGGCGACGAGUUCGGUCACGAGGCUGUCGCCAAAUACGUCAAGCCUUGCGAAUCUGCAUACGCCGCAUGCGAGCGAGCUUCCGCCGUCGCCAUCAUGACGGAGUGGGAUGAAUUCAAGACCGACCAACUGACCCCCCGACCGACGCUCGACCUCAGAGACCUCACCGUCUCGAAACUCAGCACCACACCCGUCGCCAAGCGCGCCGAUUCCACGAGCAGCGCGCCCUCAUCGCAGAGCGAAGACAACAUGAGCUCGGACGAAGAGGGUCGUCAGUGCCCUAGCACCCCUCCCACCAACACGAGCAGCCCUACAACAGAGCUGAGCGAUCCGACCAAACCGCUCUCUGACGGUUCUACACCUACCCGACUGGACUGGGCUCGCAUCUCGACGCUCAUGCGGCGACCACGACUCGUCUUCGACGGGAGGAACGUGGUGGAGGCUCCGAAGCUGCGCUCCCUAGGGUUCUUGGUGCAGAGCAUUGGACAGAGGUCAGAAGGUCUUUUGCGACGAUGA